UAUAAAUUUGAAAACUUAAAAGGAAUAUGGAGUCAAUCCCAUAUUGAAUUGGGUCAAAAGUUACGACACCAUACAUUGGGGCCAACUCCGCAAUUAAUCGAAAGUUGCUUCAUUCUGAUACGGUCCCUGCAAAUGCGGAGCAAAACCGGAUUCUCAGAUUGACCGGAGAAGCAAGAAAGGUACAAACAGCACAUCAUCAGCCAUGGGUUCCGAUCCUGAAAAGUUGAUCGCCAAAGCCGAUAAACUGACAAAAUUAAGUUUUACCAGGUGGAGUAGCGAUUGGAGAAGUGCUACUGUUUUAUAUGAGCAGGCAGCUAAUGGAUUUAGGGUUGCUAAAAGUUAUGAGAAAGCAAAAGAAGCAUUUGAGAAAGCUUCAAAAGGGCAAGAGAUGCUUUCCUCGCCUUGGGAUGCUGCUAAACAUAUGGAGUCUGCUGCUACCAUGGCGAAGGAACUAGGCAACUGGAAAGAAGUUGCUGACUUUUAUAGAAGGGCCUCUGAGCUGUACAAUGAAUGUGGGAGGGCCCAACCUGCAUCUGACGCGCUUGGAAAAGGUGCACGUGCUUUAGAAGAUGGUGCACCUGAUGAAGCUGUUCAGUUGUAUAUUGAAGCCUGUGACAUGCUUGAAGAGGAUGGGAAGGAACAAAUGGCCUUUGAUCUAUAUCGUGAUGCUACAAGGGUUUAUCUGAAGCUUGAAAAGUAUGAAGACGCUGCAGGUAUCCUAUUAAGGUUGGCAUUAGCUGCUGAUAAGUGCAACGCAACACAUAGCCAGUGCAAGGUUGGAAAGCCCUUUAGUCACAUUUUCAUUUACUGAACACUACUUUGUAGU